UAAAAAGUAUUCACUAAUAAGAAGAUAAAAAUUGGUUUUGGGACAGUCGGGCAAAAUAAAAUAUCAAACACCUAAACAGGUUUCCCGCCCAAGAGCUUCUUCCUCUGUUGUUUUUUAUGAUCAAAUGAAUGCAAGGCUCAAUAAUGGAUGCUCUGUACAACACUCAUGUCAAGCUAUUAGCCUUUGAUUUCCUCUCUCUUUCUCCCAACCCAAGUUGCCCAACAGACCCAUCAUCAUUCUGUCGUAAGGGCACGCCUCUGUCACGGGCUGAGUCAGUCGGAGUAAUUGUGACCCGGGAACUCAAACCCGGAAAAUUCCUCAGGUUCAUUAUUGACGAUGGGACUGGUUGCAUUCCUUGUGUCCUCUGGCUCAACCAACUGACGUCUCCUUACUUCUCCAAGCGGAACCCAUCAGGUGUUCGAUUAAUUGCUCAACUGGCGAGUAAGUUUGCUGCCCAAAUCCAAUUGGGUGUUGUUGUGAGGGUACGGGGUAAGAUUACUGGGUACAGAGGGAUGGUUCAGAUUACGGUUUCUGACGUUGUUCUGGAGAGGGAUCCUAAUGCACAAGUUUUGCAUUGGUUGGAUUGUAUUAGGUUGGCAAGGAAAUGCUAUGAUAAGUACUCUAAGAAUGGUGUCUGAUCAUUUUAAUGUCUGUGUGAAGGUUAUCACUUCUUUCACUUGUUUACUAUCUGGAUGCUAGUUAAUUUCAUGAGAACUAAAGGGAUGGAGUCCUUGAUCUCUGUGUUUCAGGUUUGUGGUAACAAACAAUGAAUCCGUAGUCGUUAAAUGUCGGCUUGCGAUUACUAUAAGCACUUCUAGUUCUUAAAUUUCGGCAUUAGGCAUGUAAUGUAAAUCUCCCAUGGCAUGUGUUGCUAAUGUAGUGGUCAUUCUUGAUUUGGGAUUAUUGUGCAUUAACAUUUAAAUUGCUAAUUGUUAAGUUUAAACUCAGAAACGGUUCGUGCAGAGACCAUAAUUCAGUUGCACAAUUAGGAUGACAUAGUUAGGAGUUAAAGAAUUCUUAUUCAACUUGUAUGAUUGAGUUUGAGGAUAAGUUGGUGUAAGAGUUAUUCCUGCUUCACCAGGGCAGGAGUAUGGUUACAUAAAGCCAAACAUAGGAGAGAUGUCAUUCAAAUGCUUGCCCCAUAUAGCAAUCACCACCUUGAUAUUAUCUCCAGUUGUCUCGAAUGGUUUAAUCUUGUGCUGGUUUUGUCACUCUUGAGGUGGUCUCUUUAUUAACGAUGGAUGAUGGGACACUGACAGAUUGUAGCUAUUAAUCCUUUGGCUUCAAAUUGUGGAGUAGUAGGUGAUGUGUAGAUGGUGGAGCCUGUGUUUUCUCACCAAAAAAGCCACAUGAACAGGUAU